UACGCCUGUGUCUCUACUUCAUAGCAUUCCGCUCUCUCUCUACUAUUAUUCAACCGCCAUUCCACUUCCCCAUAUCUCUUCACAUUCUCUCAAUUUUUGGGAAUAACUCCCUUUCAUUCUCUUCAAUUUGGUUUUGGAUAGUCAAAAAUCAUUUUAAAAUUCGUUCUAAUGGCCGCUUCAUUCAUUCAAAUUUUAUCGCUAACUCUCAUUUUCACCGUCAUUUUCGCUGUACAAUCAGUAGUCGCCGUAGAUCCGCCGGAAUAUUCUCCUUCCCCCCAACGGCUUGGUGACGACUUCUCCCCGUCCCCCGCUACUCCCUCGAUAUCCCCUUCCGUAGCAGAUUCUUCUCCUCCAGCACCUCCACCGUCAGAUUCCUCCACUGCACCGUCUCCGGUUGCAGACGAGAAUUUUCAGUAUCCUUCCCCGGUUCCGGCGCCGGAGAUUUCGAGCGAUGUGAAUCACGCGAACCAAGCCGAUUUCGGUAACGUGGAGUCUAAUGAGUCGUCUGGCGGGAUGAAAAGCGGGCAUAAGGCAGGGAUUGCACUCGGAGUAAUUUUGUUUGCGUGCGUUAUUGGUAUCGGCACUAUUGUAUACAAGAAACGCCAGCAGAAUAUCCGCCGGUCGCAGUAUGGGUACGGCGCUAGAAGAGAAUUUCUGUAGACGCACACAUUUACAGAUUUCUAUUUCUAUAUAUGUGCAAUGUUUACUACUUCUACUACUACAACAGUCUCACAUGGUCCUUUUGUUUAAUUAUUUGUUAUUAAUUUUCGUAGAUUCAUUAUUUCAUUUGUUGAGAACUUGCAAGGUGAAUGAUUUAUGAUUUUGUUUGACUGA